AGUCACUGAAAUAUGUUCCUGUGGAGCUUGUUGUCUUGUUUUAUAUGCAUUCAUGAUGUCAAAGCAGAUGCAAUAAAGAUUAUAUCGGUGAUGGAGGGAGAUGCUGUCACUCUAGACACUGAUUUUACUAACAUUCAGAGAAAAGAUGCCAUAACGUGGAAGUUUGGUGAAUCACAUAUUGCUGAAGUCAAUAAACACAGCCUCUAUACAUAUGCUGAUGAGAGAUUCAGAGAUAGACUGAAGAUGCAUCCGACUGGAUCUCUGACCAUCAAAAACAUCAGAUUCACUGACUCUGGAUAUUAUACAGCGUCUAUCGGCCGCUCCAGAAGGACCUCGCAAGAGAUAUUCAGAGUUAUUGUCGAUGCACCUGUUAAAACUAUGGUUAUCACAACAGUCGCAGAAAUCGAAGCGAGUCAAACUCCAAGUGAUCGAGGUGAGUCCCGCCUCAUCAUGCUUCCUAUAUCUUCCUCAUCUUUUCCAGCUCCUUUACCAGUACCUGAGAUUAUCAGCAACUCUUCACAAUGUUCAUCGUCAUCUUCAGUGUCCAGAUGUGUGCUGCUGUGUUCAGUGGUGAAUGUGAGUCAUGUGACUCUCUCCUGGUACAAAGGAAACAGUUUAUUGUCCAGCAUCAGUGUGUCUGAUCUCAGCAUCAGUCUCUCUCUUCCUCUGGAGGUGGAAUAUCAGGAGAAAAACACCUACAGCUGUGUGAUCAACAAUCCCAUCAGCAACCAGACCAAACAUCUCAAUACCAUGCAACUUUGUCAACCAUGUUCAAGCUCUGUCCAGUGUUGUAGUUUUACUGAAGCUGUGUUCCGAUUGGUCGUCUCUGCUCUGGUGAUCAUGGCUGCUGUUGCUGUAUUGGUUGAUCACUUCAGAUCCAUAAAAGUUGAACAGAAAAUGAGGAAACAGCCAGGAAAUGGUCAAUCACCAUCAGGUCCUCAAUGAUCAGUUGUAUAUAUUCAUGUGAUCACUAGGUGGCGAAGUUGAACAACUGUCCUUCAACUGUGAUUAAGAGUUACAAAUUUUUCUGUAUAAUUUUGCAUAUAUCAAUGUCAAUUUGCAUU